CAUAAGUAAAUGUCAAAAGACUUUUUGGACAUAUUUUAUGCAUGUGGUGAAUUUUACCAGUUAUCAAUAGCAGAUUGUUGAGAAAUACUUUAUUUUUAAACAAAUUAUACACUUAUGAUAAUAUUUACAGAAAUUCUACAUUUAGAGAGUAAUUUAAAUAGCAGUAAAAUAUGGGUAAAUCUAAGAAAAUCCGAAAAGGAACAGGGGAUGAAAGUGAUUCCGACGUAGAAAAUAAUACGCAAGAAUUAAUUGAAAAAUCUCAAACUAAAAAAUCCAAGACGUCCAAACCUCAGCCGCUAAAUGAUGGUCCGAAAGAUGAUUCUAAGAAGCCGAAAGGUAAAAAAGAAAAAAAACAGGCUGCCGCCUCUGAUGAAUCUGAACCAGACAUUGUUUCUAAUGUUAAAAGUUCAUUUGCACUUUUGCAAGUAGAUGAUGGCGAUUCGGAUGAUUCAAACCCUGUGAAAGAUGACGAGAGUGAAACUGAAGCUAUAUUAGUUAAAAAGGACAAUAAAAAGAAAUCUAGUGAUGAAAAUAGGACUACAAAAGAGGGGGGUAAAAAAGGGAAAAAGAAAGGAAAAAAACGUGAUGACAGUGAUGAUGAAAUAGAGAAGGUUUUAGCAGAAUUAGAAAUGGAGUACUCCGGUGUAGUAAAAGAACCACCAACAAAGCAGCCAAGUGAAGAAAUUAAAGAAGAAAAGGACAAAAUCAAGAAAGCUAAAGCAGAAGAAAAAGAAAGUGAAGAAAUUGAAACGAGCACGGUAAAAACAGCAGCCCAGAAAAAGAAGGAAAAAAAGGAAAGAGAAAAACAGAAGAAGGCCGGUGUUAAAAAACAAGAUCAACCUAAAGAAGGAUCUGCUGAACCAAUUCCAGAAGAAAAACCAACUGAUGAAGUUAAAUUGACUGAUGAAAAAAUAGAAAAGGAAGACAAUGAUCAAGAUGCCGAGAAGAAGAGUAAAAAAAACAAGAAAAAGAAAGGUGGAAAAGAGGAGGAAGACAAAGAAGCUAAGGAUAAGGAUCCCAAGAAAGGUCCUGGAAAGAAAACAAUUGCUGCUAUGCAAGAAGCCCUUAAGAAAUUAAAGGAAGACGAAGAACGACAAAAGCAGGAAGAGGAAGAAAGGAUCAAACUAGAAGAAGAGGCAGAGAUAGCUAGACUAGAAGCAGUUAGAUUGGAACAAGAGAGAAAAGAGAGAAAGAAACAAAAGGAGAAGGAGCGCAAAGAAAGAUUAAAGGCUGAAGGGAAAUUAUUGACUGCCAAACAAAAGGCUGAUAGAGCAAGAGCUCAGGCUAUGAUAGAUAACUUAAAAGCGCAAGGUGUAGAACUACCGGAUGUAGGGGAACGUAAACCACGUCUCGGUACUAGAGUCAGAACAACCAAAUCGAAAAAAGAACAAGUAGCAGUUGCGAAACCAGAAAAUGAACAACCUCAACCUGAUCAAGUAGAGCCUGCCAAGGAAGAGAUUGUUGUAACCAUACAAGAAGUUCCCAAGGAAGAACCCGCGGAAGAUGUUAAGGACGCUUGGGAUGCUUCUUCUUCUGACGAAGAAGAGGAAUCGCAAGAGACGUCGGUCGACACAGCAAAAUCUGAGGUCGCGACCGAAGCGCAUAGUAAAAAAAAGACGGAACAGUCGUCCGAAAAAACGGGAGAUGACGAAGAAAGUAGUUCCGAAGAAGAAGGAGACAGCGAUAGCGACGAAGGCGAUAGCGAAUCGGAAUCCAGCGAUGGCGAUAACAGACCGGCCGCCGAAAAAGCUCGUGAUAAAGCUUUGGAAAGAAUUAAGCUUAGGAAAGAAGCCGCCGAGAAAAAUAAGUCUGCAGAUAAUCUGAGGGCGGCGAUCGUUUGCGUUCUUGGUCACGUAGAUACGGGAAAAACUAAAAUUUUGGACAAACUAAGAAGAACGAAUGUCCAAGAUGGCGAAGCUGGUGGUAUUACGCAACAGAUAGGCGCCACAAAUGUGCCCAUUGAUGCUAUUAAAGAGCAAGUUAGGAUAGUUAAAGGGAUAAACGAAGACGACUUAAAAAUUCCAGGCCUCCUAAUCAUAGACACACCCGGUCACGAAUCGUUUUCGAAUCUUAGAAAUCGCGGUUCCUCUCUAUGCGACAUCGCCAUCUUGGUCGUCGACAUUAUGCACGGUUUGGAACCGCAAACUAUCGAAUCGAUAAACAUAUUAAAAACCAAAAAAACUCCAUUCAUCGUAGCUCUAAAUAAGAUCGACAGAUUGUAUGAUUGGCAGACGAUGAGCAGGAAAGAUUUAAGGGAUGUAUUGAAAGCGCAAGCGCCGAAUACGCAGUUGGAGUUUGAGCAGAGGACGAAAGAUGUCGUGUUGCAGUUUGCCGAACAAGGUUUCAAUGCUGCCUUAUUCUACGAAAACCCCGAUACGCGUAGCUACGUCUCGUUAGUACCGACAAGUGCAAUUACCGGCGAAGGAAUGGGCAACCUCCUGGCGCUCAUCGUCGAUUACUGUCAAACGAAGCUGACGAAACGUUUAAUGUACUCCGACGAACUACAGGCCACCGUCCUCGAAGUCAAAGCUAUUCCCGGUCUCGGUACUACCAUAGACGUUAUUUUAGUUAACGGUACCUUAAGAGAGGGCGAUACCAUGCUCUGCGCCGGUACCGACGGACCAAUUGAAACUCAGAUUCGGUCGUUGUUGAUGCCGCAGCCGAUGAGAGAGUUGCGUGUGAAGAAUGCCUACAUAGAAUACAAAGAAAUCAAAGCCGCCCAAGGUGUAAAAAUAGCCGCUAAAGAAUUAGAAAAAGCCAUCGCCGGAUUGAAUCUCUAUGUGGCGAAUAAGCCGGACGAAAUCGACAUUAUUAAAGAGGAAGUAUCCAGAGAGUUGAGAUCUGCUCUUUCUAACAUCAAAUUAGCUGAUAGGGGCGUGUACGUACAGGCGUCGACUUUGGGGUCGUUGGAAGCUUUAUUGGAAUUUUUGAGGACCAGCAAAAUACCGUACUCUGGCAUAAGAAUUGGACCAGUAGUGAAGAAAGAUGUAAUGAAAGCCUCAAUUAUGUUGGAACAUGAAAGCACAUAUGCCACAAUUUUGGCUUUCGACGUCAAAAUAGAGCGCGACGCCCAAGAUUUGGCGGACAGCUUAGGCGUCAAAAUUUUCCAAGCCGACAUCAUUUACCAUCUCUUCGACAAGUUCAUGGCCUAUCGCGAGGAACUGAAGCAAAAAAAACGAGAAGAAUUCAAACAUAUCGCGGUGUUCCCGUGCAAACUCAAAAUACUACCUCAGUUCGUGUUCAAUUCGCGCGAUCCUAUCGUAGCUGGUGUCAUGGUGGAAGCGGGUAUAGUCAAAGAAGGGACGCCGAUCUGUGUGCCCAGCAAAGAGUUUGUUGACCUUGGCGUUGUGACUAGUAUAGAAUGCAACCACAAAAAUGUAGAAAGUGCUAGAAAAGGAAUGGAAGUUUGCAUAAAAAUUGAACCUGUUCCUGGCGAAUCUCCCAAGAUGUUUGGUAGACACUUUGAUGAAACUGACUUUCUCACCAGCAAGAUAUCGCGGCAAUCGAUCGACGCCUGCAAAGAAUAUUUCAGGGACGACCUGCAGAAAACCGACUGGCAACUGAUGGUAGAAUUGAAAAAGCUCUUCCAGAUUUUGUAAAUUUCGUGCAUUAAGUUUUAACCGAAUUUUUCGCAUACCUACUUACAUACUUUUUUCGAAACGGAAGUAUUUAUAAAUCCUUUCUGUCCUCUAGUAUCAAUAUACAAUAUAUUUUAUAGGCUAAUGUAAUUUUUUUGGGAUAUUUCUGUCACGGUUUUAAACGUUGCGAACUAAUAGGAUCGAUUGGCUGAAAAUAGUGUUUGAAGUUGAUGUUUAUUUAUAUAAAUGAAUAAAUUACUAUAAACUGUUAAA